CUUUCUGAGCGCAGCUCACUCUUCUGCACAAGACCUUUAGCUUUUGCUUUUGUUCUCUUUGUUAGUGUCUUUCUCCGACCCACUGCACAAUGAAAUACCCAAUACUUUGUCUUCUGCAAGGACUCUUAUUAAUUCAAGAACUAGAUGUGUCAUUAAGUCUGUACGUGGCUGUCCCGCCACACAGAGAUUUCUCUCACUCUCCCAGCAGUCUCUUUGGCUACAGAGUAAGACAAUUUAUUACACAUCAAGGAGCAAGGAUUAUUGUGGGAGAACCAGGGUCAGGACUCCUGCAUGUGUGUGAUGUCACUGAUGGCUCCUGUGACAAUAUCACCCUCUCCGAAGACACAAGCUCUUCACUAGAUCCUGGUGUCACUUUGGAAGUGGACCCAACUGCAAGGCAUCUGAUCGCAUGUGGACCCAGCAAACCUCAUAACUGUGAUCAAACUCCUCAUAUGAACGGAUUGUGUUAUAUGUUCAACUCAAGUCUGUCGGUGUCUGGACAGCUGACUCCAGGGUAUCAAGAUUGUCAGAAGUCAAAAGUGGACCUUUGCUUCCUGUAUGACGGUUCCAGCAGUGCAGGAAAUCCAGAACACAAAGCCAUGAAGGAUUUCAUGACAGAAGCUAUAAAGAAUUUAAGUAGCACCUCUAUACAUUUUGCUGCUGUACAAUUCUCAAAUUUACAAAGAACCGAGUUCAGCUUUGCAGAUUAUCAGAACGCUUCUAGGCCUGAUGAACUGCUGAGUAAAGCAACACCCUUAGGUGGUUCAACAAAGACGUAUGCAGCAAUCAACUACACUCUGUACAACAUAUUCACUGAGGAAAAAGGUUCCAGAGCUAAUGCCAAGAAAGUUCUCUUGAUCCUGACAGAUGGAGAAACCGAUGACAAAGACAAUAACAGCAUUGAAGAGGCGAAUAGGAGAGGGGUGAUCCGUUAUAUAAUCGGGCUGGGAAACAAUUUCAAUGGUCCAAAAGCCAAGCAAUACCUGCAAUCUUUUGCAUCCAAACCACAUGACAGCCACAUAAAAUUACUGGAAAAGUUUCAAGAUCUCAAAAAUUUCUUCAACGAUCUUCAAAAGAUUAUUCAUUCAAUAGAGGGUGUGGCGCAAGGGGAGGAGUUUUCUGAAGAAUUCUCGUCUGCGGGUUUCAGUGCAGCGCAAUUAAAGGACACUCUUGUGCUAGGUGACCCCGGGAUCUAUGAUUGGUCGGGGGGGAUACUUGAAGUGAGGGAGAGGAAUAUGCUCAUUAAUGUGUCCAACUGGAAACGCGAGAAAUCUGCCUAUCUAGGUUACUCGGUGAGACUGCUUCAGACAAGAAAGGCGCUGUUCUGUGUUGCGGGGGCACCGAGGUUUGAGUACCGCGGUUUGGUGAUGUUGCUGAGAAAGCGCGACGACAGCUCAGGAUGGGAAGAGCUACAGCGACAAGAGGGUGAACAGGUUGGAUCUUACUUUGGUUCAGAACUAAUGGUGUCUGACUUGAAUGACGACUCUGUUACAGACACAGUGCUCAUCUCAGCCCCACACUAUCAGGAGGGGAGACGAAGUGGACGAGUCUUUGUCUGUCUGUUCAGUAAGGAUUCCCUCUCCUGUUCUACCACUCUCCAUGGGGAGCCAGACGAUGGUUUCUCACAGUUUGGGUCUUCACUUGCAACACUGGGAGAUUUAGAUGGUGAUGGUCUCAGAGAAGUGGCUGUGGGAGCUCCGUGCGAAGCAGAAGGGAGGGGAGCAGUUUAUAUCUACAGAGGAGACCUCUCAGGACUGAAAGAACCCUAUAUCCAGCGGCUAGUAGGCCCCUCAGGACGGCAAGGCUUUGGCCUCUCUAUUCAUGGAGUGCUGGAUAUGACAGAAGACGGAUUGGCGGACAUUGCAGUUGGCUCCUGGGGCCAUGUAACCCUGCAUAGGUCCCAGCCUCUACUGAAUGUGACAGUGAAUAUUACCUUUGAGCCUCCAGAAAUUCCAAUACCAAAUCUGGAGACAGCAAGUUGUGACAGUGAAAUAACCCUGACGGCUUGCAUGUACCCCAAAAAGCUUACACCGUCUUACAAAGGACAUAUGAAUAUUUCUCUUUUGUUCUUAAUGAAACUUGAUCUGCUUUUUGCCUCAAGUCGUGUCUCAUUUAAGAACCAAGAUCCAAUAGUUAUUGAGACUUUUCACAUCCGAGGGGAGGAGCCAAUGUGCCAAAACUUUUCUGUUGUACUUGUGAACUGUUUUCUAGAAAAUGUUACUCCAGUGCAGGUGUCACUAAACUUCUCUCUUGGUCCAAAUACCACACCGUGGAUCCUCUCUUCCACCAGCAAUACUGUUGUAACUUCAGAGGUCCCCUUUCAAAUCUGUGGCACUGGUGGUGUCUGUGGGUCAGAUCUCAGAGUGAAUUUCCAGGAGCACUCUACGCUGGUGGUACAGCAUGGGUCAACUUUCCAUUUGGUCCUUGAGCUACAGAACACUGGUGAGAAAGGUCAUUUUGUCACCAUGACAACAAGCUACCCUUCUGGACUUAUUUACCGCACAGCAAACAUUAUGCAGAAAUCUCGACAUAUCACACUGAGUUGCGGAGUGCAUGAACCACAAAAUCUUCUGUGCAACAUCAGCCACCCGAUCCUAUGGCAAAGAACCCGGGCAGUAAUUCAGAUAAUGUUUGGUAUAAACACAACUGUCUCCUGGGCGGAAAGCGUGCAAAUAGAGGUCAUCGUAUCAAGCGAGAAUGAGAAAAAUGAGACUUUCUUUGACAACAGAGUGAUGCGAAACAUCCCAGUCCUUUAUCCUAUUAAUGUGAUCACCAGAAGUCUGGACAAAUCCAUGAAAUUUGUCAAAUUCAGCGACAAUACUAAGACCAGUUUCCUGAACCACAGCUAUGAGAUAAUGAACCUGCUUUCUAGUGCUGUGGCCCCAGAGGUGACUAUUUAUGUGACAAUUCCAAUGUCAUUACCAGCAGGGCUGGAGUGGGACAUACAGGGCAUACAAAUGAAGCCCACCGGGAACUGUGUGCCAGUGAACAAAACUGAAAUUUUGCAGUCAGCACAGACCACAUCAAGAAACAUGUUCGUGUGCAUGGUUCAGAGGCUGACAGUGUCGUACAUAGAUUUGGUGGGAGUUCUGAGAAUCACCAAGAAGUGGCAGGAACAAACGUUUGUGAGCGUGAACAGCUCUGUGACCAUCAGUUUCAAUGAGAGCCAUUACCACAGAGAUAAGACUCAGAACUUCCACACAGCCCAGGUUGUUACACAAGUUGAACUUCUAUUGGUUCCCAACCAUAUGGCAUAUAUAACCGGGGGCAGCCUGGGAGGGCUGUUGCUGCUUCUACUCCUCUGUGUACUGCUGUACAAGUGCGGUUUCUUUAAACGUUAUAAGGAUCGUGUGGAUCUAACAAUGCCCCCACACGAAGAAGAAGAUCAGUUUGCAGAAGAGACACAACAGGUGAAGCAGACCAGGUCACUGACAAGAAACUAAUGGCAAAA